AUGUUUAUUACAUCUUGUUCCUUGUGGUUGGAGUUGCCUCAUUGGCGCGUGGUUGCUAAGGGAAAAGUGUAUAACACACUUGGUGAUACAAUUCAUAACCGCCCACUUCCAAUCGGUUGUGUAAAAGUGGGUAUUGAUGCUGUGAUUGAGGAUGAUGCAGAACUACCAGUGCCCGAUGAGUAUGAUGAUUUGAUUAGCAUCCACAACGCAAUUGGUAAUUUUGUGGCGUGGCCUAUCAGCCUCAUUCAACUUGAUUGCACGAAUUGUCCAUCAUCUAAAGGGAAUGAAAUGAAGGAUAAAAGCAAGGCAAAAGAGAAUGACAAAGACAAGGUGGAAGAGAAGGAGAUUGUGAAAGAGAAGGUGAUGGAAACAAGAUGCACAAGGGAAUCUUUUGCAUCGCCAAAACAACACAAAUCUCGCAUUGGGAUAAGUGCCGAUCAACUUAACAGUUGUAACUUUCUCAACAUAUAUUCAGAAAAGGUACUUAUCGAUGGCAAAGAAAUUAAAAUACCAAUUGAUCCAAAAAUGUUUCAUGAUAUUAAUAUGGAGUAUGAGCAUAUUGGUUGUGAGGAACUCCAUCAAAUCAUUCAGCAUGGUGAAUUAGGUGCUUCAGUCGUUUGUGUUUAUAUAAGGUACUUAUUUGAUCAUUGUGUGGCUGAAAAUUUGUGUGAGAAAUUUGCCUUUUUGAGUCCUCAUCGAACGACAUAUGGGGUCAACCAUCAAAGCCAAUAUGUUUCGGAUACAAUUAUGGCAAAUGCACAAUCAAACCAAUUAUAUCUUGCACCGAUCAAUAUAGGGAGACAUUGGGUGUUGGUUGUGAUCAAUGCCACUACAGGGACCUUAUUUUACUUGGAUCCUAUACAUGGUAGUUUGAAACAAUGCAAAGUCAUGAAAGAGAUGUUUGAUAAGUAA